AUGACGGACCCUCCUUGUGCCGUAUACAACACAGGUGUCUUCUAUGUUUGGAUCCAUCUGACUAUCGGAAUCCUCAUAGAGUUGGUCCCUACUCAUCCUCUGGUCGAUCAGUCGGUUCUUUUACGUGUUACUCAGAUCAAUGGCCCCGUCCGGAGUUUUUCCUGGUUUAAAGGAGAAGAGGUCAGAUUACAGAAUCAGAUCCUUGCUUAUAGUAGAAGAAAUAACCCGCCGGAGACUCCUGGCCAGAUGUUUUCUUCUCGAUUCAGGAGUUUCGCAAACGCAUCCUUGGAGAUUUCUAAUCUUUCUAGAGAAGACCAAGGGGAUUACACUGUACAAGUCAUACUCGAGGGCCAGGAGCGCAGUACUGUUAGUCUUCUUGUGUAUGCGUUCGUCACUAAACCCAUAGUCAGAUCAUCCGCUGAGUAUGCAAUUGGAAAUCAGACGGUUACAUUGACUUGUGACACAAUGAAUUCUGAGAAGAUUCGCUGGGGGAAAACCGGGAAAAAAAUUCCCCCUGAAAUGAUCAGGUCUUCUGAUAACACAACCAUUACUUUCCCCAAUAUAAAGCCAUUGGAUGCCGGAUUGUAUUGGUGUGAGGCUGAGAAUACUGUAAGCAAGAUGACCAGCGACAUCUACACAUUGGACGUUUAUUGCAUCUGUGGAUCCACAUCAGAACUAAGUGCUGGAGCGAUAGCUGGAAUCACCAUUGGGACUAUACUAGUACUUGUCCUACUGGUUGGUGGAACGAUUCUUUUUCUUUCCUUUAAAAGACACAAACCCCCUGUUAUAGAAGAGCCGAGAGAAGAAGCAAAAAAGAACCACGACCCUCCGAUGGAGUAUUACAAUGUACAAGCUAUGCCAGGGCCUGACCCUGUUCACCAGGAGCCUACGUACAUGGAUUUGCAGUAUUCAUCCCAUGAUACUUACAGCGAUCUGCAGAACUGAUACAGAUACCUUCCCUCUCAUCCUUUUUUGAACUUUUUUUGUCAAGCACCGCACACAACUUACUAACUAUUCUAUGGUGGAAAUGACGGCAUCUCAUCUUCUCUUGGUCUAAGUACUGUAGCUGACUUAUACUAUUG